AUGGAUGGAAAGUUUGCAAGAAGAAGUGAGCGCAUUGGCGGAACAACAUGCGUCUUUUGGCUAGCUGGGAGAUGCAACAGAAAUCCUUGCAGGUUUUUACACACAGAGACACCCUCACCACAUACUACUGCAAGUGUUAAUGCCAAUACUUCUUAUACUCAUUCUUCCUCUGAGACUACUCCUACGUGUAACCCGAACGCAACAUUGGUUGCAAAGAAUAGAGUAAGAGGAGGUGAUACAACUGUUUCUAAGGCCUCCAAGAACAAAUCAUCACCAACUAUAUGUAAAUACUGGACCAUCAACAAUUGUGUACAUGGUGAACAAUGCCUCAAUUUACAUUCAUGGUUCCAUGGUGAUGGGCUUUGCACCGUAACAAAGCUUCAAGAACACAAGAAGGUUAUCACUGGCAUUACACUACCUGUUGGAUCCGACAAACUAUAUUCAGGCAGCAGUGAUGGGACAAUUCGGAUAUGGGACUGCCAUACUGGUCUGUGUGCUAAUGUUAUAAAUCUUGGUGCUGAAGUUACUUCUUUGAUCAGUGAGGGGACAUGGAUUUUUGUUGGUCUCAACAAUUCUGUCAAGGCUUGGAAUACUCAGGCCAUAUCGGAGUAUACUCUUGAUGGACCCAAAGGACGAGUCCUUGCUAUGACAGUAGGCAACGAUACCCUUUUUGCUGCAUCAGAGGAUGGUGUCAUUACUGCAUGGAGAGGAAGAUCUGAAGCCGAGUCUCCUUUUGAAGUGGUUGCCUCACUAUCUGGCCACACUAAAGCAGUGGUUUGCCUAACUGUUGGACGCAAAAUGUUGUACUCGGGAUCCAUGGACCAAACCAUAAAGGUCUGGAACAUGGACACAUUACAGUGUUCAAUGACACUCAAUGAACAUACUGAUGUAGUCACAUCCCUUAUUUGUUGGGAUGAAUAUUUGUUGUCAAGUUCAUCUGACUGCACGGUUAAGAUCUGGGCUUGCAAAGAAGUGGGAACAUUGAAUGUGAGGGGUCAUUUGUUUGCUAAGAAAGAGGUUUCAUCCAUUGAGUCAGGUCCUAGUGGCCUCUUCUUCACAGGAGAUGGGACUGUGUACCUUAUAAAUUUGAAAACUUUUGGUCUACCCUUAUUCCUCUUCCCUCUUGCUCCUGGUGAACAAGCAAGUCGCUGCUCAAUGGUGGUGGUGUUGCUUCUUCCUCUACCUUCUCUAACCUCCCAUCACCAUUCACCUCCACCCUUUCUUCUUCCUCAAGCACUAAAAACUCAAUAA